CGCUGAUUAAGUACUUCCUUUUUGGGAACAUGUCUAAGCCGAACUGUUGACAUUUUCGAGAUUUAGGCAUUAACUGUCAACAUGGCAGCUGUUCCCUCGAUCCCAGAGUAUUACCAGGACAAGUGUGUCUUCAUCACGGGGGCCACAGGUUUUAUGGGCAAAGCCCUACUGGAAAAACUGCUGAGGUCAUGUCCGGACAUCCGGCGGGUCUACAUCCUCAUCAGACCCAAAAAGGGCAAGGAAGUCAGCCAGAGACUUGAGGAGCUACUCAACUCUAAAAUUUUCGACAAUUUAGUUAAGGUACAGCCCAAUUACAGGGACAAAGUGUACCCAGUGACCGGUGACAUUCUCCAUGACAACCUAGGAGUGUGUGAAACAGAUGAGAAGUGCCUCAUUAGAGAUGUAACUGUUGUAUUUCAUUCCGCAGCCACCGUCAAGUUUGAUGAACUGAUGAAACUUUCUGUAGAAAUGAAUGUCGUAGGAGUUAGUAGAGUGAUAUCUUUCUGUAAAAAACUCAAAAACAUCCAGGCCUUACUCCAUGUGUCUACCGCUUAUGCCAACUGUAACCAGGAGAAGAAUGUUGAAGAAAAGAUAUACGAACCACCUUUACAUCCCAACAAGAUUAUGGAUGCUGUCGAUUGGAUGGACACAGAUAUACUGGAUGCCUUGACCCCUAAGAUGAUUGGUGACCGGCCCAACACCUACACCUACACCAAGUCUAUAGCAGAAUACUUGGUCAAGGAGGAGUGCGCUAACAUCCCCACCGCCAUCUUCCGUCCGUCUAUCGUUGGGGCCACCUGGGACGACCCUGUACCUGGCUGGGUGGACAACUACAACGGUCCGACUGGGCUUCUAGCGGCAAUGGGAUGUGGUUUACUGCGGAUUAUGAAGGGAGACCAUCACGCAACUGCCGACAUUAUCCCUGUCGAUUUUACCUCCAAGAUGAUGAUAGCUACAGCCUGGUACACAGCUGUUCACAAACCAGAAAACAUGAGUGUAUACCAUUGCACAACUGGACAGAUUAACCGUUUCACAUGGGGCGAAAUGGAGAAACUGUCAUUCAGUUACUUGAUGAAGAAUCCUGUCAACACAGUGGCUCGGGUUCCCAACCCCAGAUUUACAAAGAACGGUAUCUGGCACGAUCUGAACGUAGUGUUUGAUCACCUCAUCCCAGCCUACCUAAUGGACUUUUACAUGUGGAUCUUGGGCAAACGGCCAAUCUUUGUUAAGAUCCAGGAAAGAUUGAGGAAGUCUGUAGGUAGCCUGGACUACUUCACAACCAAAGAGUGGAACUUCACCAAUGCAGGACUCCAUAAAAUCCUACACGUCAUGACGCCAGAGGACAAAAAGUCAUUCAACUUUGACCCAAAGAUAAUAAACUGGGCAGAGUACAUGGAGGCAUACUGUCUGGGCACCAAGAAGUUUGUCAUGAAGGAAGAACUAGAUGAACUCCCAAAGGCUAGACGCACACUCAAAAGGUUACAGAGAAUCAACAUGGCCACCAAUGUGGUGCUGAUUAUCGUCGUGUGGAGACUUCUCAUCAACAGAGUUCCCAUCGCCAAGUCUCUGUGGAACUUCCUCAUCGGCUGGGCUAUCAAGAUCUUCAGACAUCUACCAAAAACGAUUAAGUCUUCUUAGAAGUUACAAUCAGAGGUCAAAUCUUACAAGGGUCAGGCAGUGAAUACAAGGCAGUGGGGUACCUGCAGAAGUUUUGACAUUAGCCGAUGAUCAAAAUUCCAUUAAACCUCGGUAGGGGUCACAAGGUCCGUAGAAGUCCUGUGAUCAAAGACAUUGAAAACCAAUCUCAACAAAGGCCAUGACGCCACUGGCCACCAGCAGAGAUAAAAGAUCCAGUGUAGUAGACGGACAUCACUUGAGAAGCAGUUCUUCUUAGAUAUCACCUGUUAUAAGGGUUUAUUGAAGUCUGUAUACUUGUGGUGAAACCAACUUGAAGUCAGUUUAAGUUACUCUUCUGAGUUGUAAGGUUGAAGGCUUUAUUCUGAAGGAGUCUCCAAGCCCCCUCAUCUACGUUCAUAAAGAAAGUCUGACCAAAUAUUUCUAACCUGAAGAAACUUUUACAGUUAAUUGUAUUCAUAUACCUAUGAUUAAACCUAACUACGCCUACAAAUACAGUUUGAGGAGUCCGUGACCAAGGAUAUGUAUUUCACUACUUAAUAUAUAUAGAAAUGUAAGUAAACAGGAGACAACAACAAGCUAUGUGAUUUAUUAUUGUAGGGUUCUCAAUGUCCCAGUUUGUGUAGUUGUGUUGUGUAAUAGAAUCGUCGAUAAAAAUUGUCGUUGAUGAAAAGCUUCAUUUUACAUAUUACACCUCUAUAAAUGUUCCUAUACUUAUACAUCGCUUGUCCACUGUGAACGUUUUUGUAACUUUUAUGUUAUUUGUCCAUUGCCUGUUCUCAUUUAUAUACUCCCCUCUGUGAUGAAAUCUGUUAUGGUAAAAGCAGUGUCAGGCUGGCUAUAGGUAUCAACAUUGAUUUGUCCAGACCUUUUUUUUUUCUUGCUUUAUUUUCUACAUACUCUAAACGGGUAUUUUGGGCAGCCAAAGUGCUACACAGUUAAUUGGAUUCCUGGCCCCAGUACAUACAAAGUAAUGACCAUUUCUUCAUGUUUGAUACCAAAGUUUGUCCAGAGCAGAGCAGAUUAACCAACUUUUAUAUAAUUAAGAUGUCUUAUGAAGGCCGAAUUGUGCACUGUAUUUAGGUCAGGUUUCCUAAGUUAUACAGAGUUAAGGCCCUUUGUUUAUUGUUGAUACUUGUAUUGAAAUGAUGUGUACACAGGUUGUGUGAAUAUGUUCUCUUUAACUAUUAUUUAUGAUGUUUAUUUCCUAGUUUUGUGGUUAAUUCAGUGGAUAUACAUCACAAAAUUUUACAUCUUUAACUCAUUCACCCCUGAAAUUAUGUAAUGAACUAUUCUAACCUUUGCAUUGGAGGUGAUCAAAUGUGUCUUCAGGGAUGAAUGAAUUGACUAACGAAUGACAAAUCUUUUAAAGGUUUACACACUGAAACCAAAAUUAUCCAAAGAGUUCAAUAAUAAUCAAGUGAGAUUAAAACAUAAUUUUCUUUUUUUACUAUCUAUUAGUAUCUAUACAAUCUCAAUUUUUAUAAAAACAUGCUCACAAUAAAAAAUUCCCAGUUUACCCUUAUAUAUGCCCAGUUAUGACAUAUUAUGGGAUGGCUUUGACUGACUUGCUAGCAUCAACAAUAUUUCAUCCGGAUGUUUCCUUUCUUGCUCACUAACAUUACCAAAGUUAUUUACCGUAUGUGUCUAGCUUGAAAAGGAGGCGAGUCACUGAAAUUGAUUACUAUCUUUGCUUUAUACAGAGUUAUGGCCCUUUGUUGAAUUGUGUACCAAUUUUCCUUCAUGAUGUUCCAUCUCGUCCUUAUUUCCUCCAAUUACUGGUAUUUAUAUGUCUGCUCAUUCCAAUAUCCCUAACCUUGCACCUUUAAUCACUGAACAUUUUUUGCAAAGUGUCUACAUUGAUUUUACACAACAUUUGAGGGGUAAUUAUUCCUAUUUCCUGUAGAACCCCUUUGUUUUGUUAAGUAUAUUGAAUAUAUAAUAUUGGUCUUGAGUUGUAGAGACAGAAUGUUCUGUAACUGGACGACAAAAACAUUCUUUAGAAUUAGUUCAAAUGUUUAUGCUUCAGUAUUUCAGUGCUUUUGACUCAUGACAAAUGAAUGGUCAAAUUUUCAGAGCAGAUUUCUUUUUCUAGACCAGACAUUUUAUAGGUGAUUUGAUGUUUUGUAAAUAAUUACUGUGAAACACACAAACACAUUCUCUUGUUUCAUACAUAUUUUAAGCAGUUUCGAAAAAAACUGAGACUUCAAAUUUAGGGUUAUUUGAUAAAAAUUGAAAACUCUUUUGAAGUUGAACAUGUGCCAAGAAAUUUAAUCAAAGCCUAUUGCUUUUUUGUUUGAAUCUUUCAGUUAGUUUUUAAGAAAAUUAAUUUAUAAAUUCAGGCAUAAUUGUCCAAAUCAUAGAAAAUUAAUUUUAUAACUAUGUCUUUCAUCAAAAUACUACUCAUAGGUAGAUUUUGGCGACCUCUUCAGCCUUUACUAAGAUCAAAAGGGGGGAUAUCAGGCACAUCCGGGCACGUGUGACCCAGGGACAUGUUCCUGAGUCAAUCAGGCUGGCUGUAGAUGGUAGCACCCCGAGUCCUGAUUCAACUCUCUUGAACCAGCUGGGGGCUUGUUUGAGAUCUUUGAGGUUGGGAGCUAAGAAUGAGGGAAAUUUCAUGUACGCUCCAAACGGUGUCAAGUCUCAAUGGCAUCGUGAUAUACGAAUAUUUGUCGUACAUUUGCAGUUUGUCAUUGGUUUGGUGUUGUUACUUGUUAUCAUACUAUGUUGAAGUACUUUGUGUAAUAUGUUCCCUUUAAAUUAUAAUUGUUAUACUGUAGUUGAGACAAAAUCUGAUCUUAUAGUUAUUAAGAUGCUUUUGUUUUUUUGUUUUGUAUUAUUUGAUUAUUUUACAUUACUAUAAGAUCUCUGAAUUUAUAAAACGGGUUAUAAUUACAUUUUUGAUGCACUCACCUGUAAUAUUAUAUGAACUGGGUAAGUUAACUCAAUCACCCCUGAAGAAACAUUUGAACUCUUCCAAUUCAAAAGAUGGAAUAGUUCAUUGUAAAAUCUCAGGGGUGAAUGAGUUAAAUAUUUGUCUGUCACUAACAGGUAACACAUGCCAGGGCGAGGUACAUGUGAAUAUGGGGACCAUGUUAUAAUGCCAACACAUGUUCAGCUGUUGGCGUUAUAAAGGAGUUGGGUAAUAUAUUCAGGUAGACUUGUACAGGAAGUGUUAACAUUUAGCUACGCAUUAAACUACCUAAUGGCCAUGUUAUGAUAAGAAUGUUCCUUUCCUGCCUGUGUAUUGCCCUGUCUGUAUUAGUGUUGAAUGAGUAAGAAAAGCGCUCAAAAUAGCAAUUAUUUUACGGGAAAAUCAAACAUGUACAUAACAAAUAAAAUAAUUAUACCAACUUAUGAAAAUAAGGCAAACAAACUUCAACAAUAAAAAUGUAUCUUCUUUUUUCAGUGUUGCUCAUUGAAAAAAUUAGCAUUCAACAACGGCAUCACUAGAGUGAAAGUGUAAAGGGCAUUUGAAAACGUACGGUAAUUAAUGAAAACAUGAUAAACAAAAAAGUAACUAGGGGCAUUAAAUCCUGGCUAAAUGUACGUUAUAGUCUAGAUCCAUCUGCCCAAUAGUAACAGGGUUAAUUUCCACCUUUACUGGUUGUGUCCCUUAUUACAGUAGGGUGGGGUUUGACUGUGGGUGGGAGUAAUAGAACUAAUUGUGGUAGAAACAUGGAUUCUUUCUGUUACAUGUUUACUGUUUUAAAUGUCUUUCAAACAAACUUAAUGUUGUGAUAAUUAAUCUUCUAUUGCCAGGAACAGUUUUGAGGACAUGGAAAAAUAAAAAAUAUUUAAAAAAAAAA